UUGUCCUCUUGCACUCCAGGGCGGUACUUGCUGCACACUGGCCACAAGCUUACUCCUGGUUGCAAGACUCAAGACGAGACAAAGAUGAAGCGAUAUCUCUUCUUUGCAUUUCUGCUCUGUGGGGUCUUCACCGCUCGAGUCCUCUGCCUUCCAUAUGGGAAUAUUUCUCUAGCCUGUGAAUCGAUGUUGCCAAAUCACUCUGUUGAACCACAGGAAUCCGAAUCACCAUAUCACAUUUCUGUGUCAUCAGAUGAAUAUGACCCAGGAAAAGAAGUAAAAGUGAACAUUGAAGGAACACCAGAUGUUGGAUUUAAAUGGUUUAUGCUACAGGCUCGAGACAUUGAGGAAAACAUCCCAGUUGGUUCAUUUCAAAUCACAGAUCCAAAUACACAAGGCUUUGACUGUUACAACCUUUCGAAUUCGGCAUUAAUUCAAACAAACUUGGAUGAGAAACAGAAUGUAACGGCACACUGGAUUUCACCUGAUGCGAAAAACAUUCAAUUUAUAGCAACCAUUUUUCAGGAUCCUGAAACAUACUGGGUCGUUGUUCCCAGCGUAAUCCUCUUUCCUAGAAACUCCAGUGAGGGAGCAGAUGAUUCUGAAACUGGUGGUGAAUCUCAAUCAGACAAAGAAUCACCCAAAAGCAGGAGGAAGUCUGCAGGUAUUACUCUAAGAAUAAACUGUGGCCAGGGUGGCAGUUACGCAAGCAGCAGCGAAUGUACCAAGAUAUAUCAGGGUUCAUCAUCAGGCACGUAUUCCGGCAGUCAGGGUGGUGUAGUGUACCAAGGAGGUACCAAAACAGGUGGAUGCCUUGGUGGUGGAGUUUCAAGUGUCUACAGCAAGUAUGGCUGCCGUGAUGGGGGCACAGACUAUGGUAGCAGCAGCUCAUAUGGACAGUCUGUUUCAACUGUUUCAAACGCCAAAAAGACUAUGGAAUUCCCUCCUAGCAAGCCCUACCCUCCAGAACGCACAUCAAUCACAGCGCAACUUGCCAACUCUCACUAUAAACAUAUUCAGAGCACUCAAUAUGGCAGCAAAGUACAGACACAGGGUUCACAACCCCAAGGUGGCAUCCGUAUUACCAUCCAGAGUGGACCAGGUGUGCAGGUUUGUGAUAAGACUUCAUCCUCCUACAACAGCCAAGCCUGUAAACAGAGUAUGCAGUCUACUGGAUCACAGAGCAGCAGUUCUUAUGGAUCACAGAGCAGCAGUUCUUAUGGAUCUCAGCAGGGUGGAUCCUCCUCUUCAUAUGGUGGCAGUGGACCGUCCUCAUCAUAUGGUGGCAGUGCAUCCUCUACUUCAUUUGGUGGUGGCCGUGGACCCUCAAAUUAUGGUGGCAGUAGUGGAUCCUCAAAUUAUGGUGGCAGUAGUGGAUCCUCAAAUUAUGGUGCUGGCAAGCCUUGCAACCAGGGGUAUACAUAUGAUGGCAAUCCUUGCAAUCAGGGUGGAUCAACAUCUCAGCAAAGUUAUGGAAGCAAGCCGGGUGGCUCAUCAUCAUCCCAACAAAAUCAAGGAACUAGUCAGGUUGGAUCAUCAUCGCAACAAAGUUAUGGAGGCAACCAGGGCAGUUCCAGUUCUCAAGGAAGUCGCAAUCCUUGUGAUGGGAGCAGUUAUUCUGGUUCAACAUAUAGCAGUAGCAAUUGCCCACAGGGUGGAUCUUCCCAGCAAAGCUUUGGCAGCAACCAGGGUGGUUAUUCAUCAUCACAAAGCUACGGCAACAAGCAGGGUUCCCAAACUUAUGGAGGAGGCUACAGCAGUAAUGAUUGUGCCGUCGGUGAUGCCAAAAGUUACGGUGAAAAAGCUCUGAGCUCAUCAAACUGUAGAGGCAAAAGGUCUACUGAUGCUCAGGCUGCAUCUAAAGAUCUCAUCACAAAGAUUCAAGAAGCUGCAUCACGUGCUCUGAUACGAAAAACCCGUAGUGAAAAAGCUGCAGCUCGUGCUCUAAUACGAAAGACGCGAAGUGAAAAAAUCCACACUCUAAUCAGAAAAGCUCGAAGUGAAAAAAAUGAAACCUCUGCUUCACAGAGCAAUACCAAUAGCCAGGAUGGAUCGUUUAUGGCAUUUGCCAAUAGACAGGGAGGAUGUGUUUGCCCUGGUGCACAGGGCUCUUUUUCUUACAAAUAUAGAAGUAGGAGAGAAGGAUCUUCCUCCUAUGGCACCGGUUCCUAUAGCCAGGGUUCAUCUUCCACUUAUGGUGGUAGUGGCAGCUCUUAUGGGCAGGGUGGACCAAGUGGAUCAUAUGGUAGCAGCAGUGGAUCAUACGGGCAGGGUGGAUCAUAUAGUGGCAGCAGUGGAUCAUACGGACAGGGUGGACCAAGUGUAUCAUAUGGUGGCAGCAGUGGCCCAUACGGACAGGGUGGACCAAGUGUAUCAUAUGGUGGUGGCAGCGGAUCAUACGGACAGGGUGGACCAAGUGUAUCAUAUGGUGGUAGCAGUGGAUCAUACGGACAGGGUGGACCAAGUGUAUCAUAUGGUGGCAGCGGUGGCCCAUACGGACAGGGUGCACAGAGUGUAUCAUAUGGCAGCAGCAGUGGAUCAUAUGGACAGGGUGGACCAAGUGUAUCAUAUGGUGGCAGUGGUGGUUCAUACGGACAGGGUGGACCAAGUAUAUCAUAUGGUGGUAGUGGUGGAUCAUACAGACAGGGUGCACAGAGUGAAUCAUAUGGUAGCAGCGGUGGAUCAUAUGGGCAGGGUAGACCAAGUGUUUCAUAUGGCAGCAGUACUCAAUAUGGACAGGGUGGGUCAUAUGGCAGCCCCACCCAAUAUGGACAGUUAAUUGGCAUGCAGAGUGGAUCAUACGGUGGCAGUACCCAAUAUGGACAGAGUGGAUCAUAUGGCAGCAGCAGUGGAUCAUACGGGCAGAGUGGACAGAGUGGCAGCAGUGGAACAUACGGGCAGGUUCAACCAAGUGGAUCGUAUAGUGGCAGCAGUGGACAGGUAAAAAAUCUUAAUAUAUUGUAUUAUUCCAAUGAAUGUGAGGCUGCAUCCACACAACGAUAA